UGACAGCAGCAGGAAACCUCAGUGGACCUCCACUACCUCGGUUCUUGGAUUUCUGCGUGUGUUUAACCAGAUGAGACGCUUGGGACGCGCGUCUGCUUGCUUAGAUUGAAUCAUUAUCUCUGGAUACUGGUGCCCCUUAAGACGCAUCCGCACACUUCUGUCUCGUGGUGUGUGUGUGUGUGUGUGUGUGUGUGUGUGCUUUUGAAGAGAGCUGCUGGGUAAUAAAUCGCACGCCCGAGGGAAAGCUCGUCACAAAACUUUUAAAGAGGGCUUGACAACUUUGGAGAUACGAGUUCAUGUGGCUGAUCGUCUGACAGAAGCGGACAGUUUCUCUGGAAAACUUAUAAACGGGGGGGUUUCUCUUAAAACAUGUUCUGCAAAUGCUCCGUUGUGUUACUGAAUGUCCUCUUUCUCGUGCGUGCGCUCUCGGCUCACGAAUGCACGGCGUGUAACCUCCGGACUUGUCCCUUUAAAUCCCCGCUUGUCUGCGAAGGUGGUCGGACAGCGGCCAAGGAUCCGUGCGGAUGCUGUGAUCAAUGCACCCGGCUGGAGUGGGAGCCCUGCGGCGGCCAGGACUGGGCGCACGGCUACUGCGCCCUGGGACUGACCUGCGCCUCUGUAAACAAAACGGGAGCCGCCACUAUCCCCGAAACUGGAGUAUGUAAAGUACUGCCUAACUAUCCAGAUGCAGGUCUUGAGGAUGAGCGUUGCCCACUGAUGACAGGCUGCGACAGAGCAGGAGGUCAGUGUGUCUGUGAUGCCCGUCACUCCUGCUUGGGCUCUUUUACCUACCCAGACCAAGAAACCUGCAUGAAGGCCAGUAAGUCAGAUGGUCGGCGGCACGAGCACCGGGAAAAGCACAGAGAGAAGUAUGUGGGACCAUCCAACCCAGCCUGUAUGUUCUCUGGCUGUAACCUGACCGCCGAGGGCUGCGUGUGUGAGUCUCAGAGCUGCCACCACCACUUCGCCUACGUCAACCGCAGCCAGUGCCAGGAAGCUGCAGAGGAGCUGAGGUGUGCUGGGGUGACGUGCCCCAAGCUGCAGGUGCCUUCCUGCCCCGAGGGUUCAGUCCUCACCAAGAGCCACAAGCCUCCUGCUGAAUGCUGCCCCUCCAUACCACCCCAGUGCACUUGCGACUUCAGUGCCUGUCACAAGCCCCAGUGCCCGAGCGGACAACACCCCGUUUCACUUGGUCAAGCCAGCGGUCAGCCAGGAGACUGCUGUGAUGUCUACGAGUGUCAGAAAGUCACUCCCAAGUGUGUCCACAGUGGGAAAGAGUACUCUGAGGGAGAGGUGUACCGCAUGGACCCCUGCUGGCUGUGUCAGUGCCGGGGAGGAAUCUCCUUCUGCUCCAAGGCAGAGUGUGCUGAGCUGGACUGUGAAAACUUCUACAUUCCUGAGGGAGAAUGUUGCCCCGUCUGCAUAGAUGUGGAGCUACUGUCAAUGGAUAGCACCGAGGCCAGUUGCUGGGUGAAUAAUAAGCUGCGAGCCCACGAGGAGCAGUGGAAAGAGGACGACUGCACCUUCUGCCAGUGUGUGGAUGGAGAGCCGCAUUGCACGGCCAUGGCCUGCAAACAGAGUUGCCACAACCCGGUGAAGAUCCCCGGAGAGUGCUGUCCCUUCUGUGAAGAGCCUUCUUAUGAAACUGUAAGCCCUUUGCUAUGUCCUCCCCUGGACAACUGCUCCCUGUCAGUGAAUGACUGCCCCUAUGGUUUCCAACAAGACAAAAACGGAUGUCUUCUUUGCCAAUGUCUCAACAAUGACUCCUGCCCUGACCUGGGAACGUACUGUUCCCUGCAAUGCCCAAUGGGAUACGAGAGGGACGAUUUUGGAUGCGAGGUGUGCGAGUGCAGCGUGCCCGUGCCAAAUUGCCGACCUUUGAGCUGCACUAAGACCUGCCCCUACGGAUAUGUCAGGAACAAGCAUGGCUGCGAGAUGUGUCGCUGCGUCAAGUGUCCUCCCUUCACCUGUGACAAGCACUGCGUCAAUGGCUACCGACAGAACAGGAAGGGCUGCUCCAUCUGCAUGUGUAAAGAAAGUGGUCACGUCCCGAGCACCACUGCCCCGGCCCCAGUGCCCAGCUAUUGCCUCACAUCCAAUGGACAGAAAUAUGAGGAAGGUGAGGGCUGGCAUGAUGGCUGUCGCGACUGCUACUGCCAUUCCGGACGGGAGAUGUGCGUGCUCAUAUCCUGCCCAGUGCCCAGCUGUCUUCAUCCUGUUGUCAAGCCUGACCAGUGUUGCCCUACCUGUGAGGACGACUCUGGCAGCGGUCAGCCAGAGGGGAUGGACAUGGUGGUGUGCAGAGCACCUGGGGGAGAGUUUUAUGUGGAGGGGGAGACCUGGAACCUGGACGAAUGCACGCGCUGCACCUGCAGGAAGGGACGUGUCCUGUGUGACACGGAAGUGUGUCCCCCAGCUCUUUGCCAAGCACCGAUCAGGAACAAGGACACCUGCUGCCAUGUAUGCCCAGAAGAGACGCCCCUCCUGCCAGUGAACAACAGCCAGCAGGAGUACUGCAUAACCAGCGAUGGAGACGUGCUGCUAGCUGGAGACUCCUGGAAGGCCAACGUCUGCACCAGCUGCACCUGCAACAACGGCACUAUUCAGUGUUUCUCUCAGCACUGUCCAGCUGCCAAAUGCAGGGUGCCUGUUUUACGCAAGGGCCAGUGCUGCCCACACUGUCUCGAAAUGACGACAUCAGUGCCGGUGAUAGUGUCGACAAGCAGCCCCAAGCCGAGAGUUACCACGACAGCGGAGAGUGCGGUGUGGCUCACCACUGUCACUGUGCCGCCCAUCAUUGCUGUUACAGAUGAGCCACGUUCGGGUGAGAAUUACCCCAGCCAAACAGAGAUGGCUCUCAUCUACCAAUCGGCCGCCUGGAUCCUGGCAGGUCUCCUCUUAGCCAUCGUAAUCUUUCUCAUCGUGGCGCUACUCAUCAAUAAGAAGAAGAAGUGGGUGCAGAUGUCUUGUUACAGUGCGCCAAAGAAGACAGUGAUCCUGAAGAAGCACGUCAACAAGAAUUCAGUGGUCUACAUGGAGCCUUCGAAAGACAACAAAUUUCACAACGUGAAGAACGACUGCGGCAUCAUUCACUUCUCUCCAGAAAUGAGCUCCCCCUGUACGGAAAAGUUGACCAUCCCCAGGGCCAAACUGAGCAUGGGCAAUGACUGGACGCCAUGCUAAAAAACAAACAAACAAAACAUCACCCCUCAAACUCUGCAGAUCAGAGCUGUCUGGCACAUCCCUCUCGUUUCUGUUGCAUCCAAGGUGGUUAAUGUAACAGCACACACACCUUGGGCGCUGCCUUCUUCCCACCAUUCUCUGUGUGACAGUAAAAACAAGGAUGCUCUUCAAGACAAAGCAAGUUACCACUGACUCUUACAUUUUAUGUCCUCAUUCUUCUGUAUUUGAACGCUCGGGCGAAGGGACUUUCUGUGAGGUAGAUGGACGGGUGGACAUAUAAAAGCACGGAAGAAUGAGGCAACCAGAGAGAUUUCUCUGUGAAAAUCAGACUUUGAACUGUGAACACUGUAAUAUACCUGCUUAUUAUUGCCUCCUUUGGAACUGGAACUUUGGGGCAAUAAAAGGAGCAUAAAAAGCUUUAGGACAGGGGUUUGGGCAGUAGUUUAAAGGGAGCAUAGGUGCUGCCUUCUUAAGCAGUGCUUCAUUGUGGUUGUAAUCAUUUUCAUUAGCAGGGAGGCCAAAGGAACUUUUAAUCCAGCUGGAUCGAAAUUGGGUUCUGCAUCCAAAUCAAAACAAGUCCGCAGGCUUCAUAUUGACCUCCACAUCCAAACUCCUGCUUUUCAAUGUCUCAUUUCCAUGUUUUUUUUUAAUACUUCUAAAGUCUUUGUACUAUAUAUUGUGUUUUCCUUGCCCACUCUUUGCUUUUAGAGUGGGUGUCUAUGUGGGGCCAGAUUGGAACAUUUUAAAAAUAGUAGUCUAAACACCCACCCGCCAAAAUCCAGUACAGGAAGGACACAUAUCCCAGCAUUAUUUCUUUCAUUCCAGUCAAGUCUAAUAACAAACUGCUUUUAUGCAAAAAUGUAAACACCCAGUUUGGGAAUUGUGUGAAAUGUGUCUAGACUUGUCUUCGUUAUAUUAGCCAAGAGUCAUAAUCUUCGGACCCAGCCUCAUCUGAUUUUGGCUCUUUCCACGGGAAUCUGCCACUCCAACUCCAAAAUCUCAGAGUGAUCUUCAUCCAGCUAGAAUGUUAUUUUAUUGAUAGCAGGUGAGACAAAAGGGUGCCAGACACUUCAUCUGGGCCUAUAAGGAAUGUCUUUGAUACCAUGCCUCACUUCACAUCUUCAUUCACAGCUGUGUGUGUUUGUGUGUGUGUGUAGGGAGCUACUGUUCUUACUUCCAAGUGAUUGUUAGUAGUAAUUCUUUUAAAAGCCUUAAUUUUAUAGCCUUAACUAAUUUCUCUGUUGAUGUCUUGCAGUUGGUUAACAACCAUAAGCCCGUAUCAGGAAAAAAAGAAAAAUCCCUCAUUAUUACUGAGGUCGAGAUCGUGUUGUGCCGUUCUCAUUAGCUCUUCAAAUAAAAGAAAAUUACGUGAUUUGUAAGAGUGUAAGAGUAGCUUGCUAGCAUCUGUACACACUGGUACAUGUUACAACAUCAGAGCAUAUUAGAAACGUAGCACUUUUCUUUAGAGCCAGUGUUUUAGAAAGCCCACUGCGGGAUUCUUGGUGGGAUAAAGGCCCUAAUCAGGGAUUUGAUAGACGUAUUAAGCACACAGAGAUGUUAAACCACUCAAGCGAACAUGCUGUUGCAGCUAGAUUCUCCAUAUCAGUCUGAUCGGUAUGUGGUCGGACAGAAUCUGAGAAGCGUUAUGAAAUAUGUUGGGGUUUCAAAGCAACGUGUUUCGGAUCAGAGUCCAUUGCCAAUAUCUCGAUACAAAGAUAUCUUUGAUGCCAAAAUUGGUCGGAGACCAAUUCAUAAUGUGUUUUAGCAACUGAGUAGAUCUGUGUAUCUGUUUUAAUCAAGAAUAUGUGCUUUAAAAUGAAGCGGUGACUGUAAAAGCUUACGCAAUUCUUUGUUCUUCUACGUGUAAAAAAACAAAGUAGUUAAAAAAAAAGUAGAGAAGAGUACCUUAUUUAUUUUUUCACAUAGCUUUAUUUAUUAAUACUUAACUCUAGUUUGAGAUUUUUUUUUGGAAAAUGAAUUUUUAGUAGCCAAAGCUGCUGUACAUUGUAGACCAUUUACCGUUUCUUUCUACUAUAUUCUGUACAAGCUUAUUUAUUUCUGUGUUUAAAAUCCUGUAAAUAUGUUUCUUAG